AUGCCCAUACAGCGCAGAGCAUUCGUUGCCCUCAAGAGUGCUCGAUUUUACUCCACAGCCAACCGCUUCGAUCCUGUGUCGACACUCCCAUCUGCAGACAUCGAGACGUUCCGCACCCAGUAUUUCAACCCCGGCCGCCCCGUCCUAUUCCCUCGCCAGCACUUCUCCGGCAGCCUCCCAGCGGUGCAGAAAUGGUUCAAGCCUCGAAGCGCCGUGCAGAAAGACAAAAGCAUCUGGCAGCUGAACAAAGAGUAUCUCUCCGAAUACGGUGACACUCUAGUCCCGCUUGAGCUCACCACCCCAACUCCACCUACGUCGCCUCCGCAGCUCGAAAACAAUGACGCGGCCCAAAAGGAGCCCUCAGAAACAUUCCACCGCUUCCACGCGCCCCUGAGCCUCUUCCUCGGCUGGACAUCCCGCCGUCUCACGCAUCUCCAAAUCGACCCCGAGGCGCGGCUCUACCUCGCGCAAGCUAGCAUCUCCGACCUUCCGAAGCGCCUUGCCGCUGACUUGCCGACCCCGAAGAUCGUGGAAAAGGCAGGCAGGGGAGACCUCUACGAUGCGAAUGUCUGGAUCGGAGUCCCACCUACCUGCACGCCGCUGCACAAAGACCCGAAUCCAAAUCUGUUCGUGCAGAUGGCGGGGGAGAAAGUUGUGAGGUUGUUUGAGCCGGAGCUGGGAAGGGGCAUAUAUGAGAGGGUUAGGAUGUUGCAUGGAGAUGGCAGGGCGAGUGUUCGAGGGGCGGAGAUGAUGGUGGGUGAGGAGGCGAGGGCACUUGAGGAGGAGGUGUGGGGAGAGGGGCAAGAGAAGGGCUGGGAGGCACGGCUGAACAGAGGGGAUGGGCUGUUCAUUCCACUAGGAUGGUGGCAUAGUAUCAAGGGCGUUGGGGAGGGGGUUACUGGUUCGGUGAGAUUCGCCUCUGGUGGAGCAGUCACGGAAUCGUUUUACUGA